CCACAGUCCUUCUGUUCACCGGUCGCCUGUCCUUAAAGGCCCCACGUUGCUCUGCUGCCAACUCUGCCCGGCUGUGACCUGUACCAGAUCGUAGGGAGGACGCCGGGGGACCCAGGAAACUCAGCAAUGGACUUAGUGGCUGUUGAGGACGUGGCUGUGAACUUCACCCCAGAGGAGUGGGCUUUACUGGAUCCUUCACAGAAGAAACUCUACAUAGAUGUGAUGUGGGAAACUUUCUGGAACCUGGUAUCAAUAGGAAAAACAUGGGAAGAUCAUGAUGCUGAAGAUCAGGACAAAGACCAGGAGAGAGAACUAAGAAGUGAUGCGGUAGGGGGUCUCUAUGAAAGUGAAGAGGGUAGUCAGUGUGCAGAAAACUUCAGUGUUGUUCCAAAUCCCAAUCUGAAUGAGAAAACUGCUGGAGCUGAACUAUACAAAUGCAGUGCAUGUGGACAAGUCUUCAUGCAUCAUUCAUUCCUUUAUAGGCACAUUAUAUGUCACAGUGAACAGAAAACAUAUGCCUAUCAAAAAUAUGGAGAGAAGCCAUAUAAAUGUAAGGAAUGUGGGAAAGGCUUCACUUUUCCCAGUCUUCUUCAAAUACAUGAACGAACUCAUACUGGAGAGAAACCCUAUGAAUGUAAAGAAUGCAGUAAAGCAUUCACUUUUUACAGUUCUCUUCGAGUACAUGAAAGAAGUCAUACUGGAGAGAAACCUUAUGAAUGUAAAAGAUGCAGUAAAGCAUUCAAUUCUUCCAGUUUUCUUCGAAUACAUGAAAGAAAUCACACUGGAGAGAAACCCUAUGUAUGUAAAGAAUGUGGUAAAGCAUUCACUUCUUCCAGUUCUCUUCGAAAACAUGAAAGAAUUCAUACUGGAGAGAAACCCUAUGAAUGUAUGGAGUGUGGGAAAGCCUUUGUAGCUCCUUAUAAGCUUCGCUCACACAUGAUCUUUCACACCGGAGAUGGACCUUAUAAAUGUAAGGAAUGUGAACAAGCAUUCAUUUCUCUCUGGUCACUUCAAAGACAUGAGAGAACUCAUACUGGAGAGAGACCAUAUGAAUGUAAAGAAUGCAGGAAGGCAUUUAGUCGUACCAGCAUUCUUCGGAUUCAUGAAAGACGUCAUACUGGAGAGAAACCCUAUGGUUGUAGAAUGUGCAGUAAAGCAUUCACUUCUUCCAGUUCUCUUCAACUACAUGAAAGAAUUCAUACUGGAGAGAAACCCUAUGAAUGUAAGGAAUGUGGGAAAGCCUUUGUAGCUUCAUAUAGGCUUCGAUCACACAUGAUCUUUCACACCGGAGAUGGACCUUAUAAAUGUAAGGAAUGUGAACAAGCAUUCAUUUCUCCCAGUGCGUUUCAAAGACAUGAAAGGAGUCACACUGGAGAGAAACCAUUUGAAUGUAAAGAAUGUAGUAAAGCAUUCAGUCGUACCAGUUUUCUUCGAAAACAUGAAAAAAUUCACACUAGAGAGAAAGCCUAUGAAUGUAAAGAAUCCUGGAAAGCCUUCAGUUCUCAUCAAAGUUUUCCAUUUACAUAAAUGAAAUCAUAGUGGAGAGUACAUUUAUGAAUGUAAAAAAUGUAGUAAAGCAUUUAGUUUUCCAAGUUCUCUUCGAAGACACGUAAGAACCCAUAGUGAAGAGAAACCCUAUGCAUGUCAGGAAAGUGGGUAAACCUUUAUUUCUCAUGCGAACUUUUGAGGAUAUGGGAGAAUUCACACUAGAGGAAAAACCAUAUAAAUGUAAAAGGUGUGGGAAAGUCUUUUGUCAUCCCAUUUCUUUCUGAAGGCAUAAAAGGACUCACUGGAUAAAACUGCUUGAAAGUCAGCAGUGUGGGAAAUGCUUCAAUAGGCCUUCGUUCCUCUGUGUGAAACUCCCACCAAAAAGAAAUGUAAACGUGAGUAAUAAGAGAAAGUUUGAUGGAAAUUAAUUUGUGUAUAAUGUUCUACAAAACUUUCAAAAUGAAAGAGUUGUUAUAAAAGUUGUAAAUAUAUUGUUUACCAAGCCUCUUUCUUAAAGUGCAACAUUGGAUUGUGGAUUUCUAUUAAUUACUUUCAGAACUGAAUAUUGAAGUGAGAUAAUUCUGAAAGGCAUUCUUUAUAAAUGGUACAGAAGCAUACUAGGUAGUUCCUUUUCCUUAAAUCAGUUAAUAGUAUUUUCUUUUUAAUUUUUUAUAAUGUUUUAAUUGUUCUGUGUUAAGGGGCCAUUGGAAAAUGACAGUUUGUGUUUGUUGGGAAUUUUUUACUGGCCUUGUAUUGCAGUUCCUGGAUAUGCCUCAUCCAUUGUAUAUAUCGUUCUUUUCUUAGAGAAAGCUCCUUUUGGGGGAGGGUUAUAGGAGCCUGUUUUUAUUUUUCAUGCUAUUAAACCGUUGGAACAAAUUUUUAUUUAUGGCAAGUUUAUCAAAGAGCAUACUUUCUGGUGAAUUAUUUUCAUAUUUGGGCCUUUGCUGUUUGUCCUUCCUUCUGCCUGGUAUUUGGUGAAUAGACCUUGAAUUAAGUAGAGGCCUGUGAGAGGGCAACAAAAUCUAGAGCUGGACGCAUCACCCUUGUGUUGGGUUAUGUCAACGAGGGUAAUAGGAAGAACUAGAACUUUAAGAAUCCAUCCCCUUUAUGGUUCCUUGUUGGAAUUCCCCAAUAGCCUCACUUUCGUAACAUUUGGAAGGCAGAGGCAGACAAGGCAGUAGUCAGAUUUUGGAGCCACCAUACAGGGAGAGAGAGAGUUGCAUAGGAGCUUCAAGGAAACCAUCUUCCAGCUUGUUUUCUGGAUUCUUUGCCCUGUUAGUCAAGAGUAUAUUGAAAACCAUCACCAACUGUUUGGAUUCCAUUUUCUUAGCGGUGUAUUUUCCAUUGAUGUUUUCACAAGUUUCACAUCAAAGAUCCAUUAGUGUUAGGAUUUUUCUGUAAGGCUUCUUGUGUCCACUAGGAAACCAAUCCAGACCUUUGUGGUUAGGACUCUUCUCUGACUCUCCUCUUCUGUAGAUGAUAUCUGAAUAAGGUCUAAUGUGUAUAGGAGACACCUUAUGCUGUUAGUAGAGCUAGUGAGCAUGUUUCCCUGAUUCAAUAUGACAUCUACAAUGGGGCAGUCAAAAGAAGGACAUGGGAGUUCGUUUCUCUGCUGCAUCGUGCAGCGGCUGCCUUGCCCAGUUCUUCCAUGUGAGAACGUCACCUUGCUUAUGUCAGGAAGACUGUGUUUCCUGUUACUUAUAUCCGAACAUAUUCCUUCAAUAUGUUUUCAAUAAUAUUUGAUUGUAUGUCAUUAAAACUAUGUGCAUUUCUUUGUGAAAUGAAUGCUUCUGUAGUUGUUUCAUUGAUGUAUUUUAUCAACUGUUCUAAUUGAUCAUGUGCUAAUAAAUAUAAUUGUGGUUUUCAUUUCCUCAGAGAAUAUAUUAAAAUCCAUUUUAAUUAUGGAUUUUCAGAUAUACUUUGCAAUUUUCUUUAUUCAUUGAACAUUAUGAGUCAAUUUUGUCAUGUGCAUACAAAUUCAGGUAUUUUUUCCUCAAACUUUAUUUUUUAUUCUUUUAUAGUUACAAUUUUUAUCACAAAACUAAUUUCUCAUUCGUUCUUAACCCACAACAUAAAAUCAUGGCUUUUUCAGUGCCCUCUUGGCCAGUGACCUGCAGGAUUGCACUUGUAGUCAAAGAGAGGGGUGUAAGGAAUUCUAGUAAGAAGGACACAGACCGUAGAGGACGGUGAGCUGCAACACCAACGUGGUGCUUACAAGAUUAUGGCCUGAGUUUGUGGAUUUGACUGCUAUUCAAGGAGGCAGGUCACGUUCUGUAUUGAAUGAUGUGAGGAGGUAAACUUAAUUCUAUCUUCAGUAAAUAUUUUAUUUUUGUUAAACCUAAUUAUUGUUCUCGAGAAGGCAAUACCAGUGUAGUGGAGCUAAAGUUUAUUUGUAAGAAGUUCCAGUCAGUCAUUUUAAUAAGAAGAAGGGAAUAUUAAUCAAUUUUGAUUUAGAAUUUUCUCUUUUACCAUUUUUACUGGUAUGGUUACAAAAUACUGUCAGUUCUGUCUUAGUGACUGUACCAUUGAUGGAGGUGAGCGACAUUUUUCUCCUCAGCAGGAGAAGACUUGGCCUUACAGUGCAUGCAGGUCAUUCCUGGUCCUCUGGGACAGCUUUUGCCUUUCCUAUUAAUAUCAAUCCACUGAUGUGUUUCCUAUGAUGUAUUAGACACUGUUUACCAUAAUGUACCUUAGUUAAAAUACAUAAAUUCAUUUCUUAGUAUACUGCAUAGUAUUAUUAUUAUCUCCUUUAUGACUCAACUGAGGCCUUUGAGUUUAGGUAAAUUGGGAGACAGUGCAAACCCAGCAAGGGAGAGAGACAGGACCACUGUGCAGUCCAGCCUUUCUUUUCUCAGAGACUGUGCUCUGGAUGCUGGUGUUUCAGCAUCACUCAUAUGCCAUGCACUUUAAAGUCAAUGUACCCUAUUUAGCAGAAAUAAGGCAUGAUGGGAUUUGGAUAUAGCAGCAUGAAACAAACAAGUUCUUACAGUCGUGGUGCUUAUAUGUUGUGGGAAAAGAGAGAUGAUUAAUGAAUGGUAAAGCUUUGUCUGAUAAGAUGGAAAUAAGAACUUUGAAGGGAAGUAAAAAAUAACAUUGUAUUCUGUGAAUAGAGUGAUGUCUAUUUGAGUCCACCGUGAUCCCCAGUGGAAACACCAAAAAAACCUGUGGGUGUUUAGAGGCAAUCAUCCAAGCAAUAAUUGAGGUGAGCUGCAGAGAGAGGGAAUCAUUUUGAGUAAUAUCCGAAUGGAGUAAAGGGAGAAAUGGGAAAUAGUGUUGUCUUAUCACAGGAGUGGCUGGAAGUCUUUCAUUUCACUGAUCCACACAGCUCUGUAGCCCAUUUUGCCAUUCACAGGUUUUAUUUCUGUAUGCUUGGAUAACAACAGUAACAGCUGCAAGGUUUAAUAAAGAGCAAAA